CAAUGGCUAUUCGCGGCAAAUCUAGGAUCUAGCGAUCCUUUUCUGGACCGUGCUUGGAACAAGCAUCUGCCCCCCGCAAGCAAUAACGGGCGGGAAACAUAUCUAGGUUAAGUUUGUUGCUCUCCGAGUUGCCAUAUUCCCCAUUCCUACUUUCACUUCGUCUUUCUGACAUUAUUGCAUUCCUUCCACGUGCCUUGUAUUCCAGUACAUUAUUCCCUUGGAUCAGGCGGAUAUUCGAUUUUAUGACGUAGCGAGCUCCUUUAAAGAGAGCCAAGAGAGGCACAUGACGGAAGUUAGAAAUCGCGAAUCGCCUCCUCCGACUCCCACCGCAUCCUCCCUUCACUCGGACCCAGAAUGUCCUCCCUCGAGGCGAAGAUCGUCGUCCUCGGCGCGCAGGGCGUCGGCAAGACCUCUUUAGUCACGAGAUACUGCAAAGGCGCCUUCAACCCAUCGCAGACCACAUCUACCGUCGGUGCGAGCUUCGUGACGAAGCGUGUUGUUGAUGCCGACACCGACACCGUCGUCCGGCUCCAGAUAUGGGACACAGCCGGGCAAGAACGGUUCCGCUCCAUCUCCCGCCUCUACUACCGCGGCGCCAACGCCUGCAUCCUGUGCUAUAGCAUCACCGACGCGCAAUCCUUCGCCGAGAUGGGCAUAUGGCUGACCGAGCUGCGGCGCAACCUGCCGUCCGACAUCGUGCUGCACGUGGUCGGCACCAAGGCCGACAUGGUGACGCGCGACCCGUCCAAGCGCGAGGUCCCCUUCGAGCGCUGCAUCGCCUACGUCGCCGAGAACCUCGCCCCCGGACUGGGCUCGACGCCGCCCCCGACGGCCACGCCGAUGGGCCAACACGUCGCGUGGGCGGGCGGCGGCGGCGGGUUCCCGGCCGGCAGCAGCCAGCCGCAGAGCGCGGAGCCGCGGAGCCCGAGUAGCAAGCGGAGCUCCGGGUUCUGGGGCCAGGAGGUGGGCUGGGACGCGUGCCACGAGAUCUCGGCCGAGAGCGGCGAGGGCGUCGAGGAGGUGUUCCGCGUCGUGACGAGGAAGCUGGUCGAGCAGAGCCGAAAGACGCAGCAGGGCCUGCUGGCUGCUACGGCGAGCCUGCUGGCAGUGCCCCGCGGCGGCGGCGGGCACGGCGGCGAGGGCGAGGGCGGCGGCGCGGGCGCGGACGGUGGUGCGGCCGCCUACUUCGACGCCGUGAAUCCCAGGGGGAGCUUCCGGGUCGGGAGGGACAGGAGGAGCUGGUUCUCACCGGCGUUGACCAUCGACCAGCCUGCCCGGGGGGCCGAUCAAGGACACGAGGAUCGUGCCGGGAAGGCGAAUCGGAGGUGCUGCUAGUUGUCCCGGUGGACCACCUCGCUAUUUGGUUGGGUCCGAGGCACCUGGAUUGAGCAGAGUCCUCCUGUUGAGGGGAUUUGAAGUG